UCGAAACUGCCGAGAAGUUCUGAAAAUCCUCCGUUCGCUCCCUAUUUCCCAGAGAAACGAACAAGAACAAACAAGAGUCCUCGUUCCGUGCCCCCGUCGGCACGCCUCCCAAAGCGACAGCGAGGCGCGCGCCGCGAGGUCUCUCUCCAACGAGUCAGAAGCGCGCAGGAAGGCGGCGGCGGCGGCGGCUGGCGAGAGAGGCAAGGAGGAGGAGGAGGAGGACGACGACGAGCAGCAGAGGAGAAGAGGCAUGGCCCGGCGGCCGGCGUCGUGGGAGCAGGGCGGCGACGAGUACGACUACCUCUUCAAGGUGGUGCUCAUCGGCGACUCCGGCGUGGGGAAGUCCAACCUGCUCUCCCGCUUCACCAAGAACAGCUUCGCCCUCGACUCCAAGUCCACCAUCGGCGUCGAGUUCGCCACCCGCACCCUUCAGGUGGAGAAUAAGACUAUAAAAGCUCAAAUAUGGGACACUGCUGGGCAGGAGAGAUAUCGAGCAAUUACAAGUGCUUACUAUCGUGGAGCUGUAGGGGCAUUGUUAGUCUAUGAUGUCACUAAAGUAAUGACAUUUGAGAAUGUGAAGCGGUGGCUGAAGGAGCUCCGGGACCAUGCUGACUCAAACAUCGUUGUCAUGCUCAUUGGCAACAAGAUCGACCUUAGGCACCUCCGUUCUGUUGCAGUUGAGGAUGCUGCAAGCUUUGCAGAGAGCGAAGGGUUGUUUUUCAUAGAGACCUCUGCGCUUGAUGCUACAAAUGUGGAGAAGGCUUUUCAAACUGUGCUAGCUGAGAUCUACAGAGUAAUCAGCAAGAAGCCCCUAUCAUCUGAGCAGUUUGUAUCAGGGUCUGGUAAUAUCAAAGAGGGACAAUCCAUUCAAGUGUCAGCCACAAAUUCUAGCAACCUUACGUCACGGUGCUGCUCUUCUUAGAUGUGCUCAUCAGAAUCUUCUAAACAACAAUUAAGGUCCUGUUUUGAUUCUUACACUUGUUGAAAUAUAUUACUCUUUGCUAGAACAGUAACUGUAGAUUUUAAGAACGGCAGACUUGGGACACUAACUACUUGACCUAUAUAGUCAUGUUACAUAAAAUGCUGCUGUGGGGAGGAAGGUGUAUCGCUCUGUGGCUGUCUGGCUGAGCAGAAAACUCUGUAUCACUGCAGCAAAGCUCCUUGCUCUUACCCAGUAGCAGGGUAGUAUUUAUAUGAUUUGCAGUUGUAACUUUUAUUGCGUUAAAUAAAAAUCAACUUCACAGCAUAUACACCUGUCCGUCAUUUUUCUUCUCCUGAUAUUCAAACUGUAUAUGGAUGGAUUAUCCUAGUUUUGAAGGGUCUGAUGUAAAUUUUGGAUUGGUUUUUAUUAAAAUCCAAGUUUCACA